UUUACUCUGGUUCUCCCCGUCCUUCGCCUUGUUCUCUCACUCACUCACCCUUUUCCUCAGCACCCUCCAACGGAUCAUACCACUUCACACAUAGGUUCGACCACAGUCGCUCGCUACUAUCCACCAUGAAGUUCUCAACGAUUCCUGUUGCUGGGGCCCUCUUCCUCGCCGGAGUGAACGCUCAGCUCUCCGGCUGCACCGCCGUUGCUGUCAAGGUCAUCCCUUCCUGCGCCCAGACAUGCUUCAUCGACAACGCUCCCUCUAUCGGCUGUGAUGGCUUCGACUUUGCUUGCCAAUGCGAGAAGCAAGCUUCUUUCUUCGCUGCUAUUGAGUCCUGCGUUCGCGACUCCUGCGAGCCAUCUCAGUUCCAGAACGUCAUCGACGGUGCUGCUGAGGUCUGCGCCUGUGCUCUCCCCGCCAACUCACCUCAGACCGUCUCCGGUACUGUCGUGGCUCCUACAGGCACUGUCAUCGGAACCGUUCCUGCCCAGCCUGCCCCGACAACAAUCGAAACUGUCCCCACCGCUUCCGAGGUGCCCGCUGCCUCGUCGACUGGUGCCACUCCCCCUGUCGUAACUGCCGGUGCCGGCCGCUCUGCCCAGAUCGGUCUCGGCGCCGGCAUUGCCGUUGCUUUUGCCAUUCUCUAAGUCUGGGAAUCACUGGAGGAAAAAAAAAAAAACUGCGGAACGGGCUGUACGUUACCGAUCAGGGAUGGAUGAACGAAAGUAAACGAGUAUGGAGAAAUGGGGAAUGAGCAUCAAACACAAACAAAUCAAAUCACGACAGUACACUGAGCAGC